GCUAUGCAUGAUUUGUGCAAAAGGAGAAACCAGACAUUCUUGGCUUAUCCACCAGCGACCAAAAGAUGAUCCCAAAAUGGUGGCCAAAUCCCUGCUAAAUCCCUGACGAAGACCCCACUAAAUGGCAAGUGCCCCUGCACCCCCUGGUCCUUUGUCUCGCCAUCUCGUGCAGUUACUGGCUGGUGCCGUUCAGGCCCUGGCCUUGCUUGGCUUUUGGCUCUGGAUCUCCCCUUCGCUGAGCGUCUUGUCCCUUUCCCUUUCCCUUUCCCUUUCCCGCUCCCCUCUGACUCGCUUCGCUUCGCUACCUUUCCUCUCCUGCUCAUCUCACUCCCAUCUCCUCUUUCAACAAAACAAGCCAUUACCUCCGGCCGCUCGUUCGUUCCAGUCCCUCUUUCAUCUCUCCCCACACUUUCAGAGCGUUGUUCCUUUCUUCAUCUCUGAAGCGUUUUUAUCGUGGUCACCAACACGAGUAGCGUCUCUUUUCCAGCUUCAAAUCGUUUUCUUCUUUCCGGCAUCUUGAUCUUCCUUGUUCAACUGCCUCGCCUCGCGUCUACUUACCCACGAGACACGAUCGAUAACUGCAACUCCUUGAUCACCGUCAGCUCAUCACCACUCGACAGGACAGCUGGAUCAGACCAUCUCCUUUCUUCAGUGAAGCGGCUCGCAUUUAGCAAGGUGUACAUAUUGUCGCCUCUACCAUCGACGACAACCACAAGUAGUC